CACCAGUUAAACUCUACACCACGCCAUCGCAUUCAAGGCCCACGCCAGCACCAGAACUUACCGCAUCGCACACAAGCCAGCUCCCAUCCCCAGACCAAGGUGUAGAUGUCGACGUGCCCCCUCGGGGACCGCUAGCUCACUAGCUAUGAGCACGACAGAUAGGCUGGACGACGCGGCGUUCGUCACGCCACCGCGGGCGCGGCCAACGCUCACGACGCUCGUGCCACCCGGAGCGACGAGCCCGUCUGCCCCAAACCCGUCGCCGAGCGCGAAUGUGAGCUUCGUCAGCGGCUCGACUGGCUCCGCCGACGGCGGGAAGAGGGUCCUCAGACGGCUGAGCGCGCUCUUCCACCACGCUGAGGGGCCAGAGUUUGCGCACCAGUCGCAUGAGCUGCCCGAGAGCCCUAUCGCAAGCGACGAUGAAUUCCCCAUCGGCGAACCAGGGCCGAUCGAGGACCGCGUCGGGCUCAAGGUCCUCGUCGUGACGUGGAAUAUGGGCGACGCACUGCCAAAAGGUGACCUUGCGGUGCUUCUUGGCGACGUGCCGCCCUACGAGCCGCCACCAGAAACGGUCGGCGUGCCGCGCCUCCCGCUCGAGAACAAGCACCCGUACCAUAUCGUGGUGUUCGCCGCGCAGGAGUGUCCCACGCCGAGCGGCGUGCCCCGCGGACUCGGCGGCGGCGUGUUCAAGGGUGCUGGCCUGCAAAAGUCGGAUACUCAGAAGCAUAAAGAUGGCAAGCCACACGCGAAAGAGAAGGAGAGGGAGGACAAGGCGUUCAAGGAGGCGCUCAACGCCAAAGAUAAGAAGGCAAACGGCUCCGCCAAGACGACGCUCGAGACGGUCAAGGAAGGCCAGUCCACUGAUUCUGGAGCGGCGCGCACGCCAGCAGACGAGCUCCCCCCGCCACCAGUGUGCGUCGACGACACGACACAGGGCGGUACCUCCUCGCCGCCGCUCACGCCGUCGUCGCUGCACGCGCCGUACGGCCACCAUCGGGGGCAACAGGGUGCCAAGGGCUGGAGCGCAAUGCUGGAAGAGUGGUUGACUGCUGGCCCUCCGCAAUUGCACCGUACUAACCCGGACCACCACCCUAUCCAUCCGUCGCCGUUACAUGGAACUGGGUAUUCGGCGGAUAGUGACACGACGCCGAGGCCGACGCCCGUGCCGCCGGCAACGCCGAUCGGCGCCCCGCCUUAUCCUUCGCCCAUGUCGGACGCGUCGCCAGCAGCCGAGACGCCGCUCGAGUCCGUGGCUGCUACGGCGCCGGUGGCCAUCGCCAUUCCGUCGUCGGGAUCGACAGGGAUCAACCGCUCGUCGUCUAUCAAGUCUGGGCUGGGCAGCUCGAUCCCCAUCUCGUCAUCCUUCAAGUCCGGCAGCUUGGCGUCCUCGUUCCCGUUCAAGAUCCCUCAAGGUCGCUUAGGCCAGUCAGCAGACGGGGAUAACGGUCUCCUGUCUCCGCCGAGUAUCACUGAGCUACCGCGCCACUUGGCUGCCAAAUCCGGGGACUGGCUUGUCACCCGCUCGCCCUCGGACAAGGCACUCGAACGACAAAUUGAGCGCCCGCACGAGCAGUUCCAGGUCUUCCGUCAGCCUGGCGCCGGGCCGUACGUCAACGUCGCGAAGGAGCGAUUACUGGGCCUCUACCUCUCUGUUUUUGUCUUCAAGGGCUGCGAGCACCUCGUGCAAGGCGUGGACAAGGACUACGUGACCACGGGUCUGGCAGGCGGCCGCUUUGGCAACAAGGGUGGAAUCGGCAUCAGCCUCAACCUCGGCGGCCACCGCCUGAUGUUUGUCAACGCACAUCUGGCAGCUCACACAGAUCGGAACCAGGCCCGGCUCGACAACAUCCAGAAGAUCAAGUCGGAGCUCAACCUCGACUGCUUCCUGCCACCGGAAGAUCCACGCGCGCAGCUCGACGAUAUCACUGAUCGCUUCGACACGGUCUUCUGGUGCGGCGAUCUCAACUUCCGAGUCGACAUUAGCUUGCUGCAUGCCAAGUGGCUGCUCGAGCAGAAGAGAUACAAUGACGCGCUCAUGUUCGACCAGCUGAAGAAGGCCAUGGAGGAUCCCAGGACGACGCCAUUGCCCGGGUUCCACGAGGCGCCGAUCGAUUUCAUGCCCACGUUCAAGUACGACGUGUGGAAGUCUGUGCGCGCGACGAACAGAGAGAUGCGGAGGAGUAUUCGGAAACGCAAGGGCGACCGGACGGAGAGACAGUCCAUGGACUCGGUGAGACCCGGCGGUGCGCUCGAGUUUGUGCCCGAAGGCGAUCACGAGCACGAACAUGAUAGCGAUGGACGGGUCGGCCCUGUUAUUGAGGUCCCGGAAGAGUCACCAUCGCACAAUGCCGCCCAGGAGUCUCCAACGCAGAACAUUGCCGACAUGUUCCCCACACAGAUGUCCCCUAUCCCGACGUCACCGGAUCUUCCUGAGGCCCCGCCAGAUUGGCACUCUGUGACAUCGAGGUCGAGCUACUACGAUGGCCCGGAAUCAACGGAAGGCUUCACACAGGAUGGCUUGUCGCAGUCUGUUGCGUCGUCCUUUUCGCACAUGUCCUCCAGGGCGUCACCGGCAGAAGGCCACCGCCGCAAGCCGAGCUUCAUCAAGGAGAAGGGCAAGCAGAUGCUCGGCUUGCUGGGCAUCGGCCGGCCAACACCACCGCGGAAGCAACGCGCACUCUCGCCCAACCCGGCGUUUAACCCUGAUCGGAGAGCAUCGUUGUCGUCGUUCCGCUCACUGGCGAUUUCUGAGGAUGCUCAGUCCGCGGUUUCCAGUGAAGACGGAUACCCGUCGGCCGGAGCGGCAAGUGCUGGCGAAGGCGGUGGACACCACCGACGCACAGCGUCCAACGCCUCGGCAAAGCUCCUCAGCUCGCCUCCGCGCGCGCUUGGUGGUAGACGGUUGACGAUGCUCCGGCGCACCGUGUCCGGCCGGACGAUCAAGGACGACGAGGCUGUCGAGGACGACGACUUUGACGACACGGUGGAUAACCGCGUCGGUGUGUACGACACAAGCAAGAAGCAGCGUAUUCCGUCGUGGUGUGAUCGUGUGCUCUGGAAGUCGCAGAUCAUUCCCGACGAGUAUGAUCUAGGGCUCACGCGGACAGAGACACGUAGCGGCUUUUCCAGGAUAGGUCAUGCGCUCUCCAACCUCGUGCGGCGGCGGUCUGUCGGGACCUUUGAUGGGCCUCCGGCAUCGCAAAUGCUGCGGUCUGGCGCGAUCGACAUCCCACACGCGAAUGGCUCCGCAUCGGGAGCACCAAUCUCCUUCUCGCCCGAUAGCCCAUUCUCGGCCACGUCGUCCCUCAGCGCGUCGCCGACCCAGUCGCUGCGGCGCAAGCUGAGCAUGGUAACACCGGACUCGCCUAGCCGGCGGCGCCGUGAAUCGUCCGUGACAAGCAACAUCAGCGGCAUCAUCGAGUCGUCGCCGCUUCCGAAGCCGAGCCGCUCGCGCAGCGUCACAUUUGAUGGGAACGCUGGUGCGCCGGCGCCGAGGCCAGAGGCGCCUCCACGGCCUGAAGGGCUCGGCCUCCCGCGGUCCGACACGCUCGACAGCCAAAGCAGUGCGCGCGUUACCAUUGCGCUGCCCGCGGCGCCUGCGGCCUCCCAUCCCGCGCUCCCGAGUACAGCUGCCCGCCCCACAUCCCCAAGAAGAGCGAGCACCGGCGCGUUCCCGGCCUCACCGUCCUCGCGCCGCUCGUCGCUCUCGCUCACUGGUCCGCGCCGAAAGUCUGCCGACCCAACGCCAGUGACGGAUCUAAAGCCGCCCCCGACGUUCCCGCUGCAGAAGACACGGUCGACGGGCCACAGCCUGUACGACUCGCAAAAGGGGCGCGAGGCGGCGCCAUUCAACACAUUCGCGCGGUUCCUGCGCGAACUGCCGGGCCGGUUCCACUCGCGCGCGUCCAUCUUCCACGCUGCGCCGGAGCCGGCGGCACCAGAGGAAGACCACGGGCAGCGGCGGCACCUCGUUGGCGAGGUCGAGGUGCUGCACUAUGGUACUAUUGAUGAUGCUGGUAUGCGCAAACUCGAAGGCCGCAGCGACCACCGCCCGGCCAUUUUCUCCGCUGCCGUGUUCGUAGACUCAUAAUCUUGUUUCUUCACCUGUACAUUGGCGUAGGCCUAAUCUGCUAUCACUAAGCAUGCAAGA